AUGCUCUUCUAUCAGACUUUUGCUCCAUCACAGGCGCAUCGUGAGUUUCCGAUCGAUCGAGCUGUGGGUCCCCGAGUUAUUGAUCUUCUUCGAUUGCGCAGUCCGAAAGAUGCAAAGCGGUAUCUUGACAAGCACCAGAGACGGCUUGACGCGGCGAUUGACGCUUAUUAUCAAGAGGGCGGAGGUAGGACAACCGUGGCUUCCACUAGCAAAUUGAAUGCCCUCUUCGAGAAAUACAAAGGCGAACCACCGCUGAAUACCCACGUCUGUACAGAUCCCAAUGGAGAUGAAAUUUCAAUAGACGGGACUAUUCAGUUGUGUCAGGAUCUCAAAGUAGAUCCAGAGAAUGUCGUUCUACUCGCAGUAGCUUACGAAUUAAAAUCUCCGAGAGUUGGAGAGUGGAACAAGAAAGGUUGGGUAGAAGGAUGGUCACGACUUGGGUGUGAUACAAUUGACGGCAUGAAAGAUACUCUGACGCGGCUGCGUGCAAAGUUGGGAUCUGACUCAAACUAUUUCCACAAGGUAUACGAUCACACGUUCAGUUUUGCUCGGACGGAAGGGCAGCGGAGUCUCGCGAUCGACACGGCACUGGCUUUCUGGAAUCUAUUACUUCCAACAGGUCUGACAGGCGGUGCGCUAAAACACGAAUUGACAGGUGAAGAUAUAGAUAUGGACGGCGAGGGAAGUUUUGGAUGGACAGAUGAGCACACGCAAUGGUGGUUCCAGUUUUUGACGGAGAAAGGGGGUAAGGGUGUGAGCAAAGACACGUGGAUGAUGCUGUUUGAUUUCAUCCGCGCCAUUGAUUCCCAAUUUUUGACACAUGAUGCCGAGGCUGCAUGGCCGUCAGCGAUAGACGAUUUUGUGGCUUGGGCAAGGGCAACGGAGAAAGUCCCGCCCCCAGAAGCGACAUGA